AUUUCAAAACAAACCCGGGAUUGUUGUUUUAACAUGCGAGUGUUUACUCUGAGUUAGCUGGCUGUUGCAGACGCAGCCCAAUUCCUAAUUUGAAGGGGAAAACCCGCGGUUAAUAAAAUGGACGCAGGUGAAAAGCUCGACUCCGGUACCAACGAUAAGUGUGUGCAUGUUCCUCAACCGCCUUCAAUCGAGGAUUUCACCGUUUUGAAGCCCAUCAGCCGCGGAGCUUUUGGCAAAGUCUACCUUGCACGGAAGAAGUGCAAUUCGCGAUUGUAUGCCAUUAAGAUGAUGAAGAAAGCGGACAUGGUUGACAAAAACAUGACGGGCCAGAUGAAGGCAGAGAGAGAUGCGCUUGCUUUGAGCAAAAGCCCCUUCGUGGUUCACCUGUUUUACUCCCUUCAGACAGCCACCAAGAUCUACCUGGUAAUGGAAUACCUCAUUGGUGGAGAUGUCAAAUCUCUACUUCACAUCUUUGGGUAUUUCGACCAGGAUAUGUCUGUAAAAUACAUUUCCGAAGUUGCGUUGGCUUUGGACUACCUCCACCGCCACGGAAUAAUCCACAGGGACUUGAAGCCGGACAACAUGCUUAUAUCCAACAAAGGUCACAUCAAACUGACAGACUUCGGCCUCUCUAAAGUCAAGCUUGACCACGAGCUGAGCCUUAUGGAUAUCCUAACCACGCCAUCUUUGGCGAAACCUACAAAGGAUUACUUCCGCACCCCGGGUCAAGUCCUCUCUCUAAUCAGCAACAUUGGAUUUAAUUCACCAGCGGGAGAAGGCAAGCGUCACUGCAGCGCAUCCUCUGUGUUUAGCCCCAAGUCCUGUGGCAAAAUGAAACACAAGAAUAGCUCUCUCGGAUCUCCCUUGUUGAAGAAAAAAGAUCAGCAGUACUCUCCGGUUCCUUGGAAAAUGGGACCCAACAAAAUGAUGUUCAGCCCUCACAGCCUGGCUACAAAUCUGACCCCCUCACUGCUGAAGACCAGGAAGAGGUUUGAGACGAUGAGCGCGGGCAGCACCACCGACACCGAAGGUGGCAUCAGUCCACUGUGGGAGUGUGAGCUGAAAGAAAACGAACCCGCUAACGGCCAGAAGGGGAGACAGCCUUCCGAGUCCAAAGGGCCUGACCGGGCGUGUGCGCCCACGAAGCCGGCCUCCUUUGGCUUCUCCGACAAGUCCAGCGGCGUUCUCCCGGACCCAGAGAAGGGGUCUCGCGCCAUCGACCCGGAGUCCGUUUCCACCGCUCCGGGUGAAAGCUGUUCCUCCGCCUCGUCUGCGAAGAGGAAAUUCUCUGACGUUGAGGGAAGCCCCGAGUUUUUGGAGCUCCAAGCCAAGAAGAGCAACGCGGCUUCUACGGGACGCUGCGAGGAUCCGGGAGAGACGGCGACGUUCCACACCGGCCUGACGGGGACGUUUUCCACCGUCCGCAUCGACGGCUUCGUGGCCUCUGAGGGGUCGGCGGAAUGCCGAAUCCCGAAGCGCUCCAGCCCCAUCGUCGUGACCAAAAGCCCGUUCGCCGACCCGGAGGAGCCGCCGGAGGACGUGUUCGAAGACGGCGCCAAAGGCCCGUCUCACUCGAGUUUCACGUCGCCGCUCACCGGGAACACCGACAUCUGCCGGAGCCUGAGCCUCGACUCCGACGGGUCGGCGCACGAAACGUCGCUCGCCGUCGACGGCAGCGCGUCUCCCCCGCCGGGCGAGCGUUCCAAAAGCAGGAAGUCGGAGCCCGAUGGGAGCAAAGACUGGUCCAUCUGCGAUUCGCUCCCACCGACAAAGUCCGAAACACCGAAAUUCGGCACCUUCGGCGGGGGAGGGUCUCAGUGCUCCUUCCUCAACCGGCUCCCCGAGCACGGCGCCGCACAGUCGCCCUCGUUCCUCAAGCCGCGGAACGUCGUGGUUUUCCGCAGCUACUGCAGCUCCAUCAACCGCUCCAGCGUGUCGGGGGCGUCCCGACUCAGCGGCGGCUCCGUCGGCGCCAUGGACGUCUCCGCCGCGGCUGCUCAGCACUCGAGCAUCGCGACGCCGGUGCAGAAGAGGCCGAGCUCCAACGGCUCCCUGUGUCAGACUCCUCAGGCCACGUCGACCUCUCACACGCCCUUCAGGACCCCAAAGAGCGUCCGGCGGGGGGCUCUGCCCGUCGUGGGCGCCCACAUUUUAGGAACCCCCGACUAUUUGGCUCCCGAGCUCCUGCUGGGAAAAGCACACGGAAGUCGUCAGUGUGACUGCAUGGUGGACUGGUGGGCGCUUGGUGUGUGUCUUUUCGAGUUCCUCACAGGCGUGCCACCGUUCAACGACGAGACGCCUCAGCUGGUCUUCCAGAACAUUCUCAACAGAGAUGUUCCCUGGCCUGAGGAAGAGGAGGAACUGUCCGUAAACUCGAGGAAUGCGAUUGAAAUUCUCCUGACCAUGGACAUGACGCAGCGAGCCGGUCUGAAGGAACUCCGGCGCCACCCGUUGUUCGAGGGCUUGGACUGGGACGACCAGCAGAACCAGACGAUGCCGUUCAUUCCGCAGCCGGAGAACGACACCGACACCUCGUACUUCGAGGCGAGAAACCAGGCUCAGCACAUCGCCAUGUCGGGCUUCAGCCUGUAGAGUGACACACACACACACACACACACACACGCACACACGCAAGAGUUCUAAUAAAGCACAGGCUCGGUCCAUUUUACAAAUUCAUACACAGUAAUGGUGUAGAUUCUGAUUGUUUUUCUGUUCAAGCUUGUAAUAUUUUAAACUUUUUACCUCCGUGCAAUCAUAAGAGCCACAAAACCAACUGCAUCGGUCGACUGCGCAGUGAGUUACGAGUCUCCUAUUUUAAACUUAGUAUCUUAGUAUUACCAUAUUACAGUUAUGUCUCUUAAAUGUAUUUCUGCAGAAUAGUGUUUGCUACGGCUUCUCCUUCAUAAUUUGUUUUAUUUAUAUAUAAACAUAUAUAUAAACAUAUAUAUAUAUAUGUUUAUAUAUAUACAUAAACAUAUAUAUGUUUAUAUAUAUAUGUGUAUAUAUGUUUAUAUAUGUAUAUAUAUGUUUAUGUUUAUAUAUAUGUUUAUAUAUAUGUAAUGUUCCUCUGCCGAUGAGUUAAUUCUGGUAAUAUAUUCAUAAAUAAUCUAUUUUAUGUGUAAAUGUUGUUAAUAACUUUUUGUGUUGUUUUAAGUCUUUUGUGUCGGAAGUGUUUUUCGCUGCUUUUAUGCCGCCUGUUUGUAAUUGUCGUCUCCCGUCCCGUUUUCCACACGACUCGUGUUUUUGUUUUUUAGAUAAGUUCACGAGGCUGCUUGUGAAUUUUUAUCUCGUUCACUGAGGAAAAAAACAAAUAAAAUCUUGUUUGUAACACGG